AUGGCGAACGUUGUGGAUACUAAGCUGUACGACAUCCUUGGGGUAUCGCCAUCUGCCUCUGAAAAUGAACUAAAAAAGGCCUACCGCAAAUUGGCGAAAGAGUACCAUCCCGACAAGAACCCUGAUGCAGGAGACAAGUUUAAAGAGAUAAGUUUUGCAUAUGAGGUACUGACAAACCCAGAGAAGAAGGAGCUUUAUGAUCGCUAUGGAGAACAAGGGCUGCGGGAGGGAGGAGGUGGAGGGCCUGGCAUGGAUGACAUCUUCUCCCACAUCUUUGGGGGGGGACUGUUCGGGUUCAUGGGUGGGCAGGGCAGAGGAGGACGUAAUGGAGGCAGGAGGAGAGGAGAGGAUAUGGUCCACCCUUUGAAAGUUUCUCUUGAAGACCUCUACAACGGCAAAACCACCAAACUGCAGCUCAGUAAGAAUGUUCUUUGUGGUUCAUGUAAUGGUCAGGGGGGUAAGGCGGGAGCAGUGCAGAAGUGUGUGGCAUGCAGAGGGCGAGGUAUGAGAAUCAUGAUCAGACAGCUGGCCCCUGGCAUGGUUCAGCAGAUGCAGUCAGUCUGCACAGACUGCAAUGGAGAGGGUGAGGUGAUAAAUGAGAAGGACCGCUGCAAGAAGUGUGAAGGCCAUAAGGUGUGUAAGGAGACUAAACUUCUGGAGGUGCACGUGGACAAAGGCAUGAGACAUGGCCAGAAGAUCACGUUCUCUGGGGAGGCUGACCAAGCACCAGGCACUGAACCGGGAGAUAUAGUUCUGGUCCUGCAGGAGAAAGAGCAUGAGGAAUUCCGCCGUGAUGGAAAUGACCUUCACAUGACCCAACGCAUUGGCCUGGUCGAGGCUCUCUGUGGUUUUCAGAUGACUGUCACACACCUCGAUGGACGCCAGCUGCUUGUCAAAUACCCACCUGGCAAGGUCAUUGAGCCAGGGUGUAUUCGAAUGGUGAAGGGAGAGGGAAUGCCUCAGUAUAGAAACCCAUUUGAGAAGGGAGACCUUUUCAUCAAGUUUGAUGUCCAGUUCCCUGAUAACAACUGGAUUAGUCCUGAAAAACUGAGUGAGCUUGAGGACUUGCUCCCUGCUCGUGCUGAGAAUCCUGUGAUCUCCGCAGAUGCUGAGGAAGUUGACCUGAAAGAUUAUGACAGGGGUCAAGGUUCAGGAGGCGGGGCCAGGAGAGAAGCCUACAAUGAUAGCUCUGAUGAGGAGGGUGGGCAUCAUGGCCCAGGAGUGCAGUGCGCACACCAAUAGAAAAAAAACUCUUGCAUAAACAUGUGCACACACAUUAAACAAAGCAUACAUCCCUUGAGUCCCACUGCUCCCGCCGAUCAAGACUUGACGCACAUACACGCACAGGUCUUUCCUUUCCUGGUUCCCAUGGAAAAGGGAGACACACGUACAUCCACUCUCUUCAGUUCCUGUGUGCCCAUCAGUCAGAGAGUUGCUGGAUAUGUGACCACCGUUUGUGUUUAUGGACAGUAGUGCUCAUCCAAACUUCCAGCAAGACAGUGAUCCCAUUGUCAGGCGUUCACUGACUCAACUUGACUUGAACCUUCCCAUAUUCAUCUUAGGCUUUUACCUUUCACUGUGGGAAAACGCCAGUCUAGUGUAUAAAAUGCAAAUAUCGUUGACUAUCUUGUAUAAGGUGUAGUUUAGUCUGUUACACACAAGCGCAUGCUGCUUCUUGCUGAAGAUCUCACACAUGUAAAUCCAGGGUCCAGAGGUUAGGACACUAAAGGAAGAUCUGACACCAGAACUAUGUAAACUUCAGUGUUACUGCUAUCAAAGUGCCCUGCAGUCAAAGGAACUGACCUGAUCACAGCCCUACAAGCAUGUCCUCUACAUAGCCUGCUGAGAGUCACACAGGGUUAUAAGGCACCUCCUCCUGUAAGCUCAACUCCUUUAUAUUUCUGAAAGGGGAUAUCCUGGUUCUGAUCAGUUUCCAGCUGUCAUAUUGUUAGAAUACUAAAGCCGUAAUUAUAGCACCUCUCGGCCAGGCACCAAGUUUUCUUAGUUUGAAAUUUAAGCUUUUGUGUGUUUGUUGGUUUGAAUGUUAGUGUGUUUGAGACCACAGAACUUGAACAUAAGUUGUGCAGUCUUUAUUUGAGCUGAGGACACACACGUACUUGUGUCCAUAUGUGUGUAAUUCAGUGGCUUGGUGUGUGGGAGCUGCUGUAGAAUGUUCCGGCUUUUUCAGCUGAUAGGUUUUCCUGCUCCGUGUUGGACUGCAGUGUGGGUGGACACUAUUUAAGGUCAAUUAAAGAGAAAAAACAUAUUUGAAUGUUUAUUUGUUGAGACUCUCCCCCGCCUAAAUAGCCCCUGCCCUCACAAGGACCAAGAGCUCUUCCUCCUGAGCAGGAAAAACUCUGGGUCCCACCUCUGUCCUCUGUAUUAUACAUAUCUCCCCAUCAUAGAGUUGUUAGCCAAACUAAUGUUCAUUGACUUGUUUCAAUAUCCCCAUCCCCUUAGACUUGUAAAUACCAGCUGUAGUCCAUAGAUGCAUUUACAGUCUACAGUGGUGUCCCUCCUAUAGUCCACAACACUUUAUUACAUAGUAGAGUAAUGGCCAACUGUGCCAUUAUACUUGUAUCAUGUUAAUAUGAAGGAGAGUUGGUGGAACCUCUGUAGACUGUUUACGCCCACCUCUGUGACUCAUUGUACAUGUCAUUUAGGCCACAGGGGAAUAAUGUCUACAGAUAACUAAAGGGGUCAUUGAAAAUUAAUGACAAUAAUGUCGAUGCUUAUGUUUGUCAAGAUGAUAAUUACACUGUAUAAUAAUAAACAGUCACCAUAAGGUUG